AUGGACGCCGGGGCCGCCCCGACAGAGACGGUGGAGCAGAUGCAGGCGCGGCACCGCAAAGAGGCCAAGGACCUGCAGGGGCGGGUGACGAGCAAGAAGAAGAACGCGACCAAGAAGACGCGCAAGGGGGUCAACGACGAGUGCGCCGAGAUGGAGAGGCAGAUGCGGGAGAGGCAGGCGGGCGAGCUGGCGGGGCUGAUGGCUGGCGACGGCGACACACAAGAAGAAAAGGAAGAAGAAGAAGAAGAAACACAAGAACAAGAACUAGACGGCGACGAGCAGGACAUGGCCGCCAGGAUGCAGGCCCUGGGCGUCAACGGGCUCGCUGCGAAACCACCACAGCAGCCAGCGUCGUCGAGACCACCAGACGGCGACGGCAGCGGGACAGGAGGGAAGAAGCGCAACCGGCAAAAGGAGCGCCUCGCCCGCCGCGCGGCGGAGCAGGAGGCGGCGGCCGAGGCGGCGGCGCAGGAGGCGGCGGGGAUGACGGACCACCGCGGGCGCGAGCGCGAGCGCAUGGCGGCCGAGCUUGCGCGGCACGGCCUGCAGGAGCACGAGAUCCGGCCCGACGGGCACUGCCUGUUCUCCGCGGUGGCGGACCAGCUCGGGCAGGCCGGGGUGCCGCUGCUGCCCCCAACCACAUCACCCAGCGCGAAGGAGGAGGGGGAGGGGGGGCAGGAGGGGACUGGGGAGGCCGGGUACAAGGUCGUGCGGCGGGCGGCGGCCGGGUACAUCGAGUCGCGCGGGGACGAGUUCGCGGGGUUCCUCGAGGAGGACCUGGGCUCGUACGUGGCCAAGAUGCGGGACACGGCCGAGUGGGGCGGGCAGCUCGAGCUGCUCGCGCUGGCUUGUGUCUACGGGGUUGAGGUCUGUGUCGUGCAGGACGGGCGGACUGAGGUUAUCCGUCCGAGCGGCGGGGGUGGUGAUGGUGAUGAGGGUGGUGAGGAGAGGAGGAAGAUAUGGCUUGCGUACUAUCGGCAUGGGUAUGGGCUCGGGGAGCAUUAUAACUCGCUGAGGAGGAAGGCUUAGGCAAUGAGUUGGGAUGAGUGAAUGGGGUGAGUGUGUGUUUGAGAGAGACUGUGAGGGAGGACUGAUGAGGACGUGAACCUGGACUUGGACGGGCUGGCAUCUAUCUUCUCACGAGCGAGCAUCACGCCUAGUGGCUGGCGUCAAGCGACACUUGCAGUCCAUUCACCGAGGAAGAGGGAGGGCGCAGGGCCGAGGGCUACAGGCCUACUAGCCCCCCCGCCGCCGACGCCCUAGCUGUACAUACAAACGGGACUUGACCCCAGCUUAUAAACAAGCAGGUCCAGGUUUCAAUCACACAUGUGUGGUGGUCGGCGCCACCUUGGUUGAAUGGGUUGGUGUCUAGAAACCUCUCGGGGGGCCUGGCCAAUCUCAGUAGUCCUCUGGAGCUUCAGGUUCAACUCCUGGCGCAUGUGAUGAUUGCAAUUACCGGAACUACUUUUUUUUUGGAC